AUGUGUAACAUUGCUCAAAAUCAGUGCAACCCCAACCCGUGUCAGUUUAACAGCAUCUGUACUGCAACACCUGGAUCCUGUACAGAGUUCUCUUGCAAUUGUCAGGGCUGCAGCACUGGACUGACCUGUGAAACAUUAUUGGACCCAUGCACUGUAAACCCAUGUGGUAAUGGAGGAGUUUGUUUGAGGUUAUCUUGCCAGGAGUACGAAUGCCGCUGUCCAACCUGCUUUGAAGGAGACAACUGCCAAAUAACAUCAGAUCCAUGCUCAUCUCAGGUCUGUUUGAAUGGCGGAACAUGUCAACCAUUGUCGUGCUCUGUUGCUACGUGUCAAUGUCCAGGAUGCUACACCGGACCUAACUGCGAACUUUUACAAGAUCCAUGUAAUAACAACGCUUGUCAGAAUGGAGCAACUUGCAGCCCUCUAGCAGGGUCGUGUUUUGAUUAUACAUGUCAAUGUCAGGGCUGCUUUGAAGGACAAUUCUGUCAUUUACCUAUUGAUCCUUGUCAGAGUUUCCCAUGUCAGUUUGGUGGUGUGUGUAGUCUGGUAGCGGGAGAAUGUAAUAACUUUACGUGCCAAUGUCAAGGAUGCUUCUCCGGCCCAACCUGCUCGGAAUGUAAGUUUCAAUGA